AUGGUCUGGGCGGGAAACCAGACUCUCAUCUCCCAGUUCAUCCUCCUGGGCCUUUUCACCCACUCCCCACUGCACCUCCUCCUUUUUUCCAUCAUCAUAGUAAUGUUCCUGGUGGCCCUCUCUGGCAAUGGGCUCAUGAUCCUCCUCAUAAAUGUUGACUCCCGCCUGCACAGCCCCAUGUACUUCUUCCUCAGCUGGCUGUCACUCAUGGACCUUAUGCUCAUCUCCACCAUUGUGCCACGGAUGGCCACCAACUUCUUCCUGGGCCAUGGAUCCAUCUCCUUCACAGGCUGUGGGCUCCAGAUCCUCUUCUUUCUCACUCUCCUGGGGGAUGAAUGCUUCCUGCUGGCCUUCAUGGCCUAUGACCGCUAUGUGGCCAUCAGCAACCCACUGAGGUACUCAGUGGUCAUGAGCCGCCGUGUCUGCUGGCUUAUGGUGGCAGGGUCCUGGCUCUUUGGCCUGGUGGAUGGACUGAUCCAGGCCAUUUUUACCCUGCGUUUCCCUUACUGUGGCUCACAGGAGAUCGACCACUUCUUCUGUGAGGUCCCUGCCAUACUGAAGUUGGCCUGUGCUGACACCUCCCUCUAUGAGACCAUGAUCUAUGUCUGUUGUAUCCUAAUGCUGCUCCUGCCUUUCUCUGUCAUCUCGGCUUCCUACCUGCGGAUCCUGGUAGCAGUGCUCCACAUGCGUUCUGCUGAAGGUCGACAGAAGGCCUUUGCUACCUGCUCCUCUCACAUGGCAGUGGUCUCUCUCUUUUAUGGGGCUGCCAUGAUCACCUACAUGCGGCCUCAGGCAUACCACUCCUCCAAGCAGGACAAGGUGGUCUCGGCUUUCUAUACAAUGGUCACCCCUAUGCUCAACCCACUUAUCUACAGCUUGAGGAACAAGGAAGUGGCUGAGGCUCUCAGGAAACUCCUGGGGAGGUGUCCCUGUCGUGGGGGGCAGGGGUAG